AUGUAUAAGCUAUGUUUUACUGCCAUAGAUCCAUGGUCAUUGAGUCGAACAAUGCAGAUCAUUAUUCAAGAUGACAUUUACAAAGACGUGAUUAGAUGGCGUUCAUUGCCGAAAUCUUAUUUACCGAAAUUUGGGCUUGAUAAGGACAGUAGCAUAUAUAAAGAUUGUGGUCCAAAUUCCUUUAUCCUAAUGGUCGAACCAGAUGACAGUAUAGCUGCAGUGAAAGCGUACAUUCAAGAGGAAAAGGGGAUUUCUUUUAAGAAACAGAAGCUGCUGAAUGAGGAGGGUGUAGUCCUGAGAGAUGCGCAAACUCUUGUUUCCUUGGGAAUCAAGAAAGGAUCUACCUUAAUCCUUCAUUAUGCAUUAGUAACACAACUCGUUAUGACACUUAAACAUACUGGUCGCAAAAUUAGUGUACUGGUUGAGCCUGAUGACACAAUUGGAGAUAUUAAGGCCAAACUGCAAGAAAAGGAAGGGAUGCGAUUUCAUCAACAAAGCUUACUCUACCAAGGACAAGAUAUGCCCGAUGAUGAGCGCCUCAUUAACCUUGAUUUGUAG